GCUACGUCGAUGAGCGAAGCAAACCCCGGUCCGGAAUCCGAUAGCACAAUCGAGGACUAUGAGGAUGAGAUGGAUGACACGUCGAUCAAAGAAGAUUAUGCGGAGAUAGCCAUUGCUGCGAGGAACAAGAAGAAAUACGCGAGAGCUUUGGAACUUUCGUUCUUGUUCUUCGAAGCUCAGCGUUCCGGCAAGCUACCGAAGGACAACAGAAUUCCGUGGCGAGGCGAUUCCGCGAUGAAUGAUCGCGGCCAUGACGGGGAAGAUCUAACCGGAGGAUAUUACAAUUUUGGAAGAAAUUAUAUUAAAUAUACUCUUCCAACGGCUUUUACCACGACAAUGUUAGCGUGGAGUGUGCUCACCUGGCCGGAGGGUUACAAGGAAGCGGGUCAAUUGGACGAGGCUUACAAAGCUAUCAAGUGGGCUACCGAUUACUUUCUAAAAUGUCACAAAAAAAAGUACGAGUUUUACAUAAAAGUGGGUUCCGAGACAAUUGAAAACAAUUAUUGGGGAAGACCGGAAGACAUGAACCACACAAGACAAGCGUACAAAGCCGAUUCUCAACAUCCCGCGUCCGACGUUCUCGCCGAAACGGUCGCCGCAUUAGCUUCCGCGAGCAUCGUCUUCAAAGAUAUCUUUUCCGAAAUCUCGUAUAGCAAAAAGUGUCUAAACCACGCAAAAAACUUGUACAAAUUUGCGAACAAGUAUAACGGCUCUCACUUCGCUUGGAUGUCCGAUCGUUUCGAAAAUCUUACUUACGACAACGAUAUGGCGUGGGCUACGAUCUGGCUGUACAAGGCGUCAAAGGACAUCAUGUAUUUCGGAAAAGCUAUGAACUAUUACGUGAAAUUAGAUUUGUCGGUUUUAAACUCGACAUUCUCUUAUAAAAACAAAUUACCCGGCAUACAGAUAGUGGUGGCUCAGAUGAUCAAACAAUUAGCCGCUCCGAGUUACAGAUUUUGCGAUACCAUGACGAACUAUCGUCGGCGCACGAGAAGAGGUCUCGUAUAUCUUUCCGAGGAAGACGCUCUUCCUCUCGCCGCCAACGUGGCUUUUCUCUGCUUGGUGGCGGCCACUUCUGCCACUGACGACUUGAACAAAAGAUAUUAUAUCUUCGCCAAGCAACAAAUUAAUUAUAUGCUGGGAAUGGGAUCAGGAAGAAGUUACGUGGUCGGAUACGAUGCGACUUCGCCAAAACAGCCACGUCACUUAGCGUCUUCGUGCCCAAGUAAACCGGUUCCUUGUGAACAGGAAAUGAUUCAACAAAAUGUGAUAAAUCCGCAGACUCUUUAUGGCGCUCUGGUUUCCGGACCGAACGUCGAAGACGAUUUAACAGAUUAUCGAAAUAUCAGGGCUGACGAGUCUCGAUACAUAUGUCAUACAAAUGUUAAGAUAGAAAACAACGCAGGGUUUACGGGCGUACUUGCUGGACUGCUGCAGCUAGAGAACAGAAAGAAGAAGUCAAGGAAAUGAUUUUAUUUUAUUUUUUUUUUAUUUUCCUCCAGUGAAAGAAAAGAGUAUUUUUUUUACAACAAGACUGAUAGCUGUUUGUGUGCAUUAUGCACAAACAAUAAAAUCAUUUGUUAUUGUAAUCAUAUGUAGAUUUUUGCACGAGGCGUAUGGUUUUGUAGAAAAUAAUAUCUUUCAUUGUUUAAAAAUAAUUAUAUAUAAAAAAUACGUGAAUGCUUAUGUGGAAAACCAAGUUUUAUCUAAUUCCGAAAAUAAAAGAUAAGCCGAUUGGAGGAUCCAAACACGGUUGUUAGUGUGUA